AUGGACAACUUAAGGAAGGAUGUGGCAGGUCUUUUGAGUUUGUAUGAAGCUUCGCACCUUGCAAUGAACAGUGAAGAUGGUUUAGAAGAAGCCAAAAGCUUCAGCAUUAAACAUCUAAUGUCAUUAGCUGGUAAGUUGGACACUAAUUUAGUUGAGCAGGUCAAGCAGUCCUUGCACACACCCUUAUACUGGAGAAUGCCAAGGUUAGCAGCCCGGAAAUUCAUCGAUCUCUACGUAGUAGACGACGAAAGGUGCUUAAUUCUGAGCAAGUUGGCUAAAUUGGAUUAUAAUCUUGUGCAGUGUGUGUAUCAGAAAGAAAUGAAGGAACUUACGAUGUGGUGGAGAGAUUCGGGAUUUAAAGAAAAUCUUAGCUUUUCCCGGGAUCGCUUGAUGGAAAAUUUUUUGUGGGUAAUGGGAGGCAUUUUUGAGCCCCAAUUCUCCAAAUGCAGGAAAGAUCUCACGAAGAUGGUUUGCAUAUUAACUGCGAUUGACGACAUGUAUGAUAUUUAUGGAUCAUUAGAUGAGCUUGAACACUUCACUGAUGCAGUAAAUCGAUGGAGUACUGAGGCCAUGGAAGACCUUCCUGAGUACAUGAAGCUAUGUUACUUGGCCAUGUUCCAUUUUGGGAAUGAAGGUGUCAAUGAUGUUUUGAAAGAUCAUGGCCUGGAUGUUCUUCCCUACAUUAAACACGAGUGGACAAAUCUUUGCGGUUCAUAUCUGCUAGAAGCACGAUGGUUUUACAGUGGCCAUACACCAACACUGGAUGAGUACUUGAGAAAUGCGUGCACCUCCAUAGGUGGUCCUAUAGCCAUAUUCCAUGCUUACGUGCUGCUAGGGUUUCCCAUUACAGAAGAUUCCCUCAAGUCCUUCAAGCUUGGCUCCAAAACAAUUUACUGGUCAUCUCUCAUUACCCGACUUUGUGAUGAUUUGGGCACUUCCAAGGUAUUUGCACUAAAUUUUCAGUCUUCACAAACUGUAUAG